AUGGACGUCGGCCAGGUUCCUGUACCUCGGGCUCCAGGUUUACCAUGUUCGAAGGUGCAUCACGACAUGUUCCAAAGGCCUGGCCAAUCUGUGUCUACCCCCUUGAGAGUCGCUAGCGCCACUUCUUUUCCUGCCUAUCUCCAGUUUGUUAUGGAGGACCCGGAGACCAGACACCGAACUUUGAACGACCUGGGGCGGAGAGCACGAGGGGAAGGUAAUAGGAUUUUGAAAGGAAUAGGCGGUGCUUGCCUUUGGUGUUAUCGCAGUAAGGUCAAGUGCGGGCCUGUUCGCCCCUGUCCCCCUUGCCAGAGCGGUAAACGACGGUGCAUUAGAGACCUAUCGCAGUUAUGCUUUUUCCCCAAUGCACGGGACGUUUCUGCUGCCUCUGCUGUGGAUAGCUGGAGGGGCCCGCUCGCAGCGGCUCGCGCUGUCUUGGACGGCCUGAAGGAGAAAUCCGGCCCAUGGCCACCUGGGCAGGAGAUCAUGGUUCAAUUCCGGGAUCUCGAUACCAAGAGAGUCCAUACCUGUGUCUUUGAUAUCUUGGACAUUGCAAAGUUGGGCCAGACUUCCACUUGGACCUGUUGCGCUCCCGAGGAAAAGCUGAUCCGGGCUUCAAUGAAAUAUAUCCCGUUUCUCAACUUGGGCAGCAUUGAUCCCCACGUCACUCCACAGCCACUCAUCAAGUCAGCCUCGGAGAUGUAUGAUCUACUGACAGGAAUUAUCUGCCUGCUGAAUGCCCAGAUUUAUGUGAGCCCGACACAGGCUCGUACGGGAAGAAUGCUCAUGUUCCAAUUAAUCCUCGCCUAUGUGUAUGUCCUAUCGAAGAAAUCCGAUGGGUUCUGCUCGCUCCUAUCGACCGAAAUACGCCGGAGAGGGUUCCGGGAGGAAGCCCUUGAUGUCGUAAUUGAACAAACACCUACAUGUCUCAAUGAUGACUGGGCUGCGGCAGGCUUGUAUUUUCGAGUCGUCGACAAAAUCCUUAGUCUGCAGCUGGAAUUGCCCGUCUCUAUCAUCUUUGAUGAAAUCGUGCUUCACCUGAAAAAGGUCCGUGCCGACCUGUGGGGGUUGUUAAAGGCCCUUCCACAUGGCCAACCGUCGAGCAAAAUGACGACCAGGAACUGCCUGGAUAACCAUAUUCCUGCAAUCCCGGAUGUGCAAGCCUUCGACGUGACACUUUGGCUGGAUUCACCGGGAUCACCUGCACCCCAUGAAGAGCACGCUCCUAACCUUGACUCACAGUGUCCCUAUGCCAUGCAGUCAUUACUUGGUCUGGACUACAGUGACGAUGUGCCGUCCUCUCCUACAGUCACUGACUCAUCGCAGCAGACGCCAUCAGACCAGACCUUGGGCGAGAACGAGCCAGGAACCCCUCUUGGAGACAAGUUCGGCCCUUUUUGA